UUUUGAAGUCAGCAACUACACAGUCAUUAGCUUGUCUCCAAGACUUUAGGAAUACUCAUUGCAAAUCCAAAUGUAUCCAACCGGAUCUGGGGGGCAGGGCCACUCCGUCAUCGGUCGGUCGUUCGGGCCGACAUCCAUUAACAUACAUGGUUCUAUCCCAACUGCCGUAGCGGACAAUCAAUUCGAGCCAAAUUUUCGACAAUUUGAUUUUUUCCUUGAGAACAAAGAAGUCCCCGAUGUAGCUACCGUGGAAAGAGUCUUUAAGACGCCGGAGGGGGAGGCGGACAGAAAUUUCUACAAGCUGCUCAGUGGAAAUAUUCGCUGCUGCCCGGUGUUAGUGACAAGCAUCUUUGGCGCAGCCUUUGUCAACUACAUGUAUACGCGCUUACUCAAUAGGUCCGGCACGUCUGUUCGCUGGGGUUUCUGGAAGUGCUAUGCAGUUAUCGUUCUUUGGAACAACUUUACGAAGUAUUACGCGCGCGAGAGAUAUUUUCAGAGAGAUUUUCAGCGCAACCAACUAUACUCACACGAUGAACUCCGCCACCAGCGCGAUCGCCAGCGUGUGCGGGAGGCACUCUAUGAGAAGAACUUUGUCAAGAAUCCUAUUGCUGAAUUUCGCGUGAAAGCGUGGCAAGUGGCCGACCGUUUUGCAUAGGAAAAGGAAGGAAAAGUCAGCAUGUGAUGACGCAUUUUUUAUAUACAACUAUAUUUAUAGCGGGAGCCGUAUGAUAUUCACGAAUAGGAGUAAGGCGGGAACUCGCUGUGGGUUUCUGUUGUGUUUGCAGUAGCACUUAUUAGAAUAUAUUUAGUGUUUUCUAAGGACUUAAUGAAGAGAUAGUUAUUUAGGCAAUUUAGUAUGCAUGGAAUUUGUGAGUACAAAUCAAUUUCCUGUUCUGCAAAAUAUUGCGAUGAUAUUCAACUAACUUUGAAUAAAUAAAUAUAUCGAUAUUUAUUUAUAUAUUGUGAAUUCAAUGAACGACGCCGAUAGGCGGGGAUGGAUGUAAUUUGCUUCUGGUGGGUGAUUUUACCUUAUUGUGUUUGUGUCUUUUCAUAU